UAUGGGAUUAGGAGUUUUGAGAAAUAAACUCUUUAAAGAUGACAUGAACUUAAUGCCAUUGCCUUUACCAAAAGAAGUGUUUGGCAUUGAAAACUCAAAGACUGUCGAUGGGUUGGAAAUUUUUGACAGAAAAAUUAAUGAACAUGAUCCAGUUCCAGAAAAUCAAAGAUUUUUAUGCGCACGUGACUUUACUGAAGCAUACUUAACCAAAAGGGUUACGCCUCUACAAAUAUGCGAGAAAUUAAUCGACAAAAUAAAUCGUUCAUGCUCUGAAGCGUGUGAUCCACCUCUUUAUGGUAUGUGUCAAUACCAUCGAGAUGAUAUUAUUGCUCAGGCCGAAGCAUCAACAUCCAGAUAUAAUCAAGACGAAUCAUUGGGACCCCUUGAUGGUGUUCCUGUGGCAAUUAAGGACGAGCUUGAUGUUAUGGGUUAUGAAACACGUGUAGGAACUUCAUUUCUUAAUAAAGAAAAUCCCGCCUUAAAGGAUGCGUUUUUGGUGAAAAAAUUAAGAGAUCAAGGUGCUAUCAUAAUCGGAAAAACAAACAUGCACGAAAUUGGAUUUGGUAUAACAACCAAUAAUCCAAGUGUACAUACAACUCGCAACCCCUACAAUACCAAUUAUUACUGUGGAGGGUCAAGCGGAGGUAGUGCGUGCGUUGUUUCCAGCGGUUUGUGUCCAAUCGCUAUAGGCGGUGAUGGCGGUGGUUCUAUCAGAAUACCUUCCUCUUUCUGUGGUAUUUAUGGAUUAAAGCCUACAUGUGGAAGGAUUUCUUUAACAGGCUAUUGUGUUGUGGGUCCUAUGGCUGCUUGCGUUGAUGAUCUAGCAUUAGCUUAUUAUGAUCCAAAAACUUUACACCAACCAUCACCAACACUUCAUGGUCUUUACCUUACUAAUACUUUAUCUGAUUUAAAGAUUGGUAUCUUCUCUGCAUGGAAUAGACAAGUGGUCGACCCUACUAUUACUACUGCUCUUCAUACUUUCAUUAAUGAAUUCAAACUUCGUGGUGCUGAAUUUGUUGAGAUUGAUAUUCCAGAAUUAGAUGACGCUCGAAUAGCUCAUAUGAUUACUAUUGCUUCCGAAAUCUGCUCAGCGAUUAAUGGAUACAAAGAUUCUUUAAGCUUAUUGAGUCUUCCUAAUAGAGUUAACAUCUCAACUUAUGGUAAUAUGAAUGCUUCUGAUUAUAUUAAAGCACAACAGGUUCGUACGCGAAUGAUGCGUAAUAUCUCUGUUGUAUUCUCGGGUGUUGACCUUAUUUUAACACCUACAUGUGCUAUAACCGCUCCACCAAUUUAUCCACGAGCUUUGAAAUAUGGUGAAUUGGAUUCUACUGUUAUGUCUGACGGAAUAAGAUUUACAUCUUUAGCAAAUUUUAUUGGAAUUCCUGCAAUUACUGUACCUGCAGGUUAUAAUGAUAAAGGUUUACCUGUUGGAUUACAAUUUAUGGCAAAAUGGUAUGAUGAAGCUACAUUAUUAAGAAUUGCAAAAGUCUCUGAGGAAAUAUUGGGAAGUAAAAGAAGAAGACCUGCUGAUAGAUAUUGGUUUGGUGAUUUAUUAAAUUCUUUUUAA